AUGCCCCCUUUAGGAGAAACGCGUGUCCGUAAAGGCAGCCAGGCCGGCUCUGUAACGAGAGAGAGAAAUGCGGAGGCAAAGAGAGCUCUCCAGUUCCAACAGCGAUCUGCCCAAAUGCCUUCACUAGAACCAAGUUUUCAGUCAGUUCUAGCGCUCCAGGCCCUUGCUCGCUUCCCGGGCCAAGCAGAACGAAGCUGGGCACGUGCAGAACCCCCUGGGCAGCCCGAGCCGCAGUCGUUUUUUUUCUUUGCAGAAAUAGUAGAAUUUCAGAAAAUAGUGGGUAGCUUAAUUGAACUCGUUGAUCAACUGGCAAAAGCUGCUGAAAGCGAGAAGAUGAAGGCCAUCGGUGCACGAAAUUUGCUGAAGUCUAUAGCAAAGCAGAGGGAAGCUCAGGAACAGCAACUUCAGGCUUUAAUAGCUGAGAAAAAGGUGCAGCUGGAAAGAUACCAGAUAGAGUACGAGACUCUCUGCAAAAUUGAAGCAGACCAGAACGAAUUCAUUGACCAAUUCAUUUUUCAGAAAUAGAGGCUCUGAAGAUAAAAACGAACUUGGAAACUUGACCAUUCCAGAAUCUUGAGAAUUUAAGAAAUAUGCAAUUUUUUUUCACUGUGUGCGAACGAAGAGCUGGGUUGUACAAACGGACGCGUCUGUUAAUGCAGCGCCAACGGCACUACCAGCGGCAAUAGGGAGAGCUUUCCAACAGAUGUAAAGACUGUUCUGUCCUUUGAUUUUAUAGCAGUUUUGUACAGGCGGCAGUUCCAAAUCGCAUUAUAGCUGAAUUAAUACUACUGUUGCAAUGUUAAUCUUUCUCACUUUUUGAAGCCUUCAGCUCUUUCAAAGAAAUCAGGAAAUAAAUUAUUGUUUUCAGA